CCCUCCCUCCGUGUAAUAAAACCGGAAAAAGUUCUCCAAUUGCCCAGCCUGGAUUAGUUGGUGGCAGUCGUACACAUGUCAAUAAUAAUAACACUGAUACAGAAUAAAAUCAAAAAUCGUUCAUCUUUUUUUAUUGUCGAAACAGUAUCAAUUUACAAUAAAUUGCUACAUUCAUUAGGCUAGUACCGUACACCGUAAUUACUUAUUGUUCAGCAUUAUUUAAAUGCGAAUAAAGUGUACAUUUUACACACACAAACAUUAAAUAAAUUUCAUCAGGUUUAGGGAAUAUUAAAGGGGAGGGUUUUACUAUUAUUUUAAUUUUAAUGAUCUUCGCUGACCCGGAGGGAACGGGACUAGGAUUAGGAUGGAUGAAGUUGACGGAAUUUUAAUUUAUACUUUAAAACACAUUGGAUGUGAGAUUGGUUCAAAAGUAUCUGAACUUUCUCCACCUCAGUUCAUACAAUGUGUGACUAAAUGCCUUCAACUCAGUCGUCCUGAUGCAGAUGUUCCGGAUUUCGAUUGCAAUGUAUCAAUGGCAGUGCGAUAUAAAGUGGCCUCUCAAAUUGCUCAACUUAUCACGGAUAUUGGAUACUCUGAAGAAAUUGGCUGCCAGUCUUUUCUCUACCCCACGGAAGAGGAAACAAGGAAAAUUUUGAUAUUCAUGGUAGAAAAGCUGCCCAGAGACAGUGAAGUUGGAGAUCAAAUUGAGACCUUGUUGUCUAAAAUAGCAGUGGAAAAGGCAUCAAAUCAAUUUACUGAUGGGAGCGGAGAUGGUUAUACGAAUGGAGGUCUUCAGGUGGACGGGAUCAAGCUUCCAAUCGCUGUCGAUGUGGACUCUUUGCCAAAGGAAACUCUAAAAUUCUAUGCUAGUCAUCUUGCGGACCUUACAUUCGAAAAACAACGUGAAAAAUAUCGCAAUAAAGUAGAUGUUAAACCAGUUGUGCCACAUGUGAUUAAAAAAGAAGACUCUGAUGAUGAUUUUGGUGACCCCGAUAUCCCAGAAGAGGAGAAACAUGUUAUACUUGAGAAACCUAAACUGCUGGAUAAACCAAAAAUAAAACCAGCAAUACCCGAAAAACCAAAAAUUGACAAUAAAAAGGAGAUUGAAAUUGCGGACAAGAAAAAUCGUGAAGAGGAAGAAAGGGCUGCAGCAGAAUACAUUAAAGGUUUACAAGAAAAAUCAAAGUCCAAAGCCAAGUUAAUUAAAGAGAAGGAAAAAAAUAUUCGUGACCUCACUGAAAACUCUAUAAAACUGCAGCAAGAGAUAAAUCGAAUGCAUCUAAAAAUGAAUGAAAAAUCCAAACAGUUGGAAAGACUCCAUAAAAUGGACCAACUACUUUCUGGGGACGAUGCUUUAGGGAAAGUUAAACAUGCAGUUGAUUCACAAGUUGAAAAAUUAACGAAACUUUCCCAACAAUGGGAAAUACAUCGACAACCAUUGAUUGAUAGGAUUCGCAACAAGAAAUCCGUCGAAGAAAUGUCGGAGGCUGAUAAAAUUGUGGAGGAAGGUAGACAUCUUAAAGCGACGUUAAAAUUAAUGGGACAAGAAGCUCGAAACAAGGAAGCCAUGUGCAAUAAGCUACUGAUUGAAUAUGAAAAACUUCCCAAGGAUCUCAGCAGGUCCUCAUACACACGACGAAUUGGGGAAAUUAUUGGAAACAUUAAAAAACAGAAAAAGGAAAUAGCAAAAGUACUCGGCCAAACCAAAGAAAUUCAAAAGGAUAUCAACACAUUGUCUGGUCGAUUGGAUAGAACGUUUGCUGUUGCAGACGAAUUAAUUUUUAAAGUCGCAGACAAGGAUAAAAAUGUUGCCCACUCCUAUAAACUUUUAGUUGCCAUUCAUUCUGAUUUUUCUAGAAUUAUCAAGACGUUGGAAGAAAUUGGAAAUUUAAAAAGGCAACAACGGCAAGAAGAAGAUAAGCUCGAGUUUGAAAAAGGAAAAAGUGUUGAAGAUAAGUUGAAUCGGUUGAAAGCUGAUAUGGCCCAAAUGCAACAUGAAAACCGCAUAUUAGAGGCUAAACUAAGAAAUCCAACAUUGAAAAGAAAUACACAAUAAUAGCUCCACCAAUUGCAUUGAAGUAAUUGGUAUUUUAUAGUUUGUUUUGACACGAUGGCAUCUGACUUUAAAAGUUAUAGACCUUAGAACAAUAACAACAAUCUCUGGCUCAUAAAGUGGUCUCACGUUGUUUCAAAUUCCGAUGCCAUAUUUCGCUUUAUUAUUUUAGAGAAAAAUUUAAAGUAUAAAUUUUAGGUGCACUAAAUAUAGAGCCUAUAUGUCCUAGAUGACCACACUACGCGAUAUUUUAAUUUACACAAAAUUGUGGUGUGUUCUCCAAGAGUAAACUAUAUAGUAGUCUAUGUGUGCUGUGCACCAAAGUCAUAAGAUAAGCUAAACAUUAGGCCUUUGUAUGCUGUUUUUAAUGAAUAAAAAACAAAAUUGCAAGCCAAA